AGUGAGACAUCAGACCAGAACACGGGUGGCAGUGUUCAGUGAGACAUCAGACCAGAACACGGAUGGCAGUGUUCAGUGAGACAUCAGACCAGAACACGGGUGGCAGUGUUCAGUGAGACAUCAGACCAGAACACGGGUGGCAGUGUUCAGUGAGACAUCAGACCAGAACACGGGUGGCAGUAUUCAGUGAGAUGAACCUGGGGCUUGGAUUGGAACCAUCGUACUGAACUUGUUGAGUGCGGCACACGCUGAGAGUCAUCUGACGCACUGUGUGAAUAUUCAAUGUAGGAUUAUUUGAUAAAGAAAUAUUUGGAUUAUUGAUUUUAGCAAUAUUUGGAUUAUUUGAUUAUAGAAAUAUUUGGAUUAUUUGAUUACAGCAAUAUUUGGAUUAUUUGAUUACAGCAAUAUUUGGAUUGUUAAUUAUUGCAAUAUUUGAAUUAUUUGAUUACAGCAAUAUUUGGAUUAUUAAUUAUUGCAAUAUUUGAAUUAUUUGAUUACAGCAAUUUUGUAAAAUUUUUAUAAUAGCAUUAUUUUCAUGAUUUGAUUACAGAAAUUUUUGGAUUCUUGAUUAUGUCAAUACUUGGAUUUAUUUUAUUAUAGCACUAUUGGAUACAGACAAUUGUUAAGUAAGAAAAUGGUGGGUUCAUUAAUCAUAUUUGAAACUGUUUAAUGUCGGCGGUUGUAAAACACAUAUACAAAUUGUUUGGUUAAAUGUGAUGCCAUAAUUAUAUCUUUCAUUGUGUUUAAUUUGUGCAAUUACAUUGUAGCUAUUUUAACAUCAUACACAGAGACGGAAUUAACUAGUUUAACAUCAGACAGACGCAGAGAAAGACAAAGAACAAUUUCGUAAAUUAUAUAAUUUUUUUCACCAACGGCUCUGUCCGGCUGAAGUGCGCAUGCCCCAGUGGCUGAUGCAUCAUGAUGAGGCAAAUGAACAUCACGAGUUGACGUUUAGGAAAACGUCCUUGUUCUUUUAAAUUGAAGUGAUCAUGUUGGACAAAUGCAAAGUCUUUGUUUUAGUCAAAGGUCUUGUUCACUUUUACCUCGACUAUAUCAUACUUGAUUAUAUACCUAGGUGAAGGUCACACGAGAUACAGUGCAUUGAAAUGGAACACCGAAGACAAACAACGGCCUACGACAAAGCAGGGGAUCGUUUUAUUGUCCACGUCGGUCUAGCAGAAACUAGCGGCAAAACUGGAGAAGGCGAUGCUUGUCUGGAGCCGCCUCACCUACUGGAUCUGCCCCAUGAACUACUCUUGGUGAGUCGUUGGUCUGAAUGGGAUUGUGUGCCCCAACAUUCAUUUCAAGCGCUCCAGUUUUGAGUCGCUCAUGAAGUUAAUUUUGUUAUGUAUGUGGAUGACGUCAAUUCUUCUUCGUGUAUGUGGAUGACGUCAAUUCUUCUUCGUGUAUGUGGCUGACGUCAAGUCUUCUUCGUGUAUGUGGCUGACGUCAAGUCUUCUUCGUGUAUGUGGCUGACAUCAAGUCUUCUUUGUGUAUGUGGCGGAGGUAUUUAUUUGAAAUGUUACAAAUGUGUGAGCAUUAAAAUAUUUUUAAAUCCUUUAGAUUAACUUCGCUUUUGUUCGUGGUUGGCAAUCUUACGACUGCUAAUUGACCCAUUACUCGUCAACCUAUCCAGCUGGAAAUUGGUUUAUAGACCCUUUGUCAGGUGAUACCACAUUCUUUAAAAUGUCCAACCCCCCAAAAUCAGCUUUUCCUGUUUUUCAAGGGGAAGAUGAAUGAAAUAUGAUGCCACCGAUUUCAUGAAAUGGAAUUCCCAACUUCGCUAAAUGAGAUUUUUUAAAGAAAAUACCGUCAGUGUGUUUGGUGCGUAAUGUUAUCUUUUGUUUUUCUAAAACAGUUUGUGAAAUAAAUCCGUGAUGUAAAAGCGGGUAGGUCAUUAGCAUAUUAAUGUAAAAUAAAAAAAAUAAAAAAUGCAUAUACAGGAUUUAUAUGAAAAAAAAAUUAAUUGUUUGGUAGGGGUUCUUUGAAUUAAUGUUCUUACUACUGCACAGCUCAUCUUCAAACACCUUCCCGCCAGUUCUCUGCUCGCCUGCAUCAGAGUGCACACCACGUUCAGACGUCUCAUCUUUGAUGCACAGUUUCUCGACAACCUCACGCGGCAAACACUGGGACUUUUGAACAAGGCAGGUCAGCGCUACUCUAUAACCGACACGUUACAUUUUGUACUCCACUUACUCCGAGUUUAGUUACCCGUCGCGUCUGCCAGUGGUCAUGUUUUAAAAUGUUUUACUAUGUAAGUAGAGUGCCCUAUCAUUUAAAAUACAAAUACAUUUGUUUUUAAAAAGCACGCUAAAGGCCAGAGCUAAUUAAACAUAACUACGACUACGAAUGGUUACUCUUGUGGACUGAACAAUUCAAAUUGUGCACACCAAAUGAAAUAGGCUUAAACACUCGUGCCGUGGCCACAGUCACGUCUCAGUCACGUCACAGUCAUGUCACAGUCACGCCAUCCAUGAUGUUAACUAAAUUAUCAUCAGACGUCGUGUUUAAAUGGCUUAGCUAGUGUUGUGUUAAGGGGUUUGAUUUCGGUGGUGAAGUGUCCAAACAAAUUACACAAAUUGCUUACUUGUUUUAAAAAUAUUAUUUACGUUUACUUUGUACAAGCGUGGUUAAAGUACAAGUGGGGUCAGCGUACAAUGGGAGCUAGCGUUAUGACUUAAGUGAGCAGGUUAACGUACAAGUGGGGUCAGCGUACAAUGGGAGCUAGCUUUAUGACUGAAGUGAGCAGGUUAGCGUACAAGUGGGGUCAGCGUACAAUGGGAGCUAGCGUUAUGACUGAAGUGAGCAGGUUAACGUACAAGUGGGGUCUGCGUACAAUGGGAGCUAGCGGUAUGACUGAAGUGAGCAUGUUAACGUACAAGUGGGGUCAGCGUAGAAUGGGAGCUAGCGUUAUGACUGAAGUGAGCAGGUUAACGUACAAGUGGGGUCUGUGUACAAUGGGAGCUAGCGUUAUGACUGAAGUGAGCAGGUUAACGUACAAGUGGGGUCUGCGUACAAUGGGAGCUAGCGUUAUGACUGAAGUGAGCAGGUUAACGUACAAGUGGGGUCAGCGUACAAUGGGAGCUAGCGUUAUGACUGAAGUGAGCAGGUUAACGUACAAGUGGGGUCAGCGUACAAUGGAAGCUAGCGUUAUGACUGAAGUGAGCAGGUUAACGUACAAGUGGGGUCAGCGUACAAUGGGAGCUAGUGUUAUGACUGAAGUGAGCAGGUUAACGUACAAGUGGGGUCAGCGUACAAUGGGAGCUAGCGUUAUGACUGAAGUGAGCAGGUUAACUCCAACAAAAACUCCAACAAAAAAACUCCAACAAAAAACUCCAAAAAAAAAACUCCAAAUUUGCAAAUUUAAGAGUCCGGCUUCCAGCUUCUGGGAGAUUGGAUCAAUGACGUCAUUGCUUUCAACUAGGUUUAUGCAUAGAGCUUCCCGGGGUUCAGUGUAUUUUCAGGGAAGACGAAGAAACAGACCUUAUGGCCUGUGUUUGAUUUGUUCAAAUCAAGACAAGCAUUUAACAGAGUACUUUUCAAAUUAUACUUUCAGAUUUUUGUUGUUGUUGUAAUAAAUCUGAUUAUCGGAAUAAACUUGCUAAUAGUUUUUUUUAAAAUUUGCUUUCAUUAAACUAAAUACGUUAUAAAUCUUUAACAAAACUUUCACGAUACUAUCUAGUCUUGGAAGACAAAUUCAAAACUGUACCCAUGUAUCUUAUUAUUUGUCUUUUGUAUUAUCAUUUUGCUAGAUGAUGACAUCAGAUACGACACUCUACCUUGGUCGCUUUCUCCCUCAAUGGAGCUCUGGUUCCUGACCCACAACGCCGUCCUGUCCACCUACGACGACAGCAGGUCCUCGAUGACCAGGGAAAGUUUUCUCUUUCCCCUCGAGUGCUUCCACCAUUCCCUGAUGACGUGGCUGGCCCAGUCCAUGGGGGCUAACAUAUCAACCAUUGACCUUAGACCAAACAACGUCACCAACAAGACUAUGCGCGUUAUCCGCGAAAAUCUGUUUACAACUGUCCAUUCACUUCCGGUGUACCUCCUCCAGCCUCUAACCAAAUUUGCUUUGGCAUUCCCGGAAAUCAUAUCCAAAUCUAUCGCAGCCACGCAUUUUUCCUUGCACCAAGGAAAGCCGUCUCACCUAAGGAACCCCUGGUACGAAGGUUUUACUCAUGAGCAGCGUAACACUUUUGACCCCCAAUAUUCUAUGGAGAUAAUGUUCGGCCAGACCGUGGACUCCUUCUCGAAGAUGUCCGCCAUGGCCAUCGUCUUCGGUUCUAAGGAGUGGCUCGUGUGGACGGGUAAGGUGGCCGAGUUCCCAGGAUGCAAGUUUGAAGAAACGUGGACGACGGCGUGCCUUGAUACACACUGCAGUAUCCAAACAGUGGAGCACAUGUGCAGGGGGGCGGUCGACGCCAUCGCAGAGCACACGCUUCCUCACCAAGUCAUCAACCAUCAGUGGAAGAGACAGAACCUCUUCCCCGGACUUUGCCACCGAAUCCACCAGCGACACAGAGAGGAACUCGUAUCUCAUAUUUUAGAAGAGACGAACUCCUUGUCUCAUCGACUUCAACUUUUGCUAAACAGCGAACGGUUCGCCAACAAUAAACCGAAUAGUCUGACGAAACUCUUAAAUCACCUGCAACUUCCUCUCCAUCAAAACGGCCACCAAAACGCGCAGCUGUUCACCGACAAACCGGUCGCCGUAGAUUCGAUCGCGCUCACCAUUAAGACACACCUGCACGCGAUGUUCUUCGCAGAAGUCAUGGAAUACAACACUGACCACGACAGCCAUCAGAUCCUGUGCCCGAAAUGUUCGACACUUUGGUUUCCUUCUGAUGCCUCCAUCGCGGAGUGUGUUCAGCGGAUCUCAAGCACCAACCCCGUGCCCUAUCACUUGUGGCCCUACCAUACGCUUGUGUCUAUCUAUGCCAUGCUAUCAGAGUCAAGCCGGGUGCUGGCCAAUUCAUAGAGAAAUCAUAUCUUAAGUUUUGUGUGAAAUUUAUACAAAAUUUAGUUGUGUUGGUCGAAUAAUAUAUUAAUUUGCAAUAUGGCUGUUAUAAGAAGGUAAAAUCAGGAUGAUAUGAGGGUUAAAUGUUGGUAAUAUGUGGGUAAAUUAAAGGUAAACCAUAAGUAAUGUUAUUUUUCAUAAUGUUUCCGCAUGUAUGUGGUAUUCAGUUGGUUCUUGGAGCGUGGUACCUAGGCACCGGAACCUUCACCUUGUUUUAAAAAUAAUUUAUAAGGUAUGAUAUAUGAGUGUAUAGCACACCUUUCACUUUUUAUAUUGGUAUGCAAUACUAGGGCCUUUUGUAGAGCACACCUGUCUUUUUGACGGUAUUUUUCACUGCAUAAUUUCGUUAUUAAUCAGGGGUGAAGUGGUUCAAAUGGUGGCAGUUUUACUAUCCACAUUCACUGAAAUUUACAAUAAGAAAUAGAUCCCAGGAAAGUAAGGCCGAAAACACUUGGAACUUAUCAUAUCCAUUUCAAAUACCAGCUUCUGGAUCAUCUUCUUCACUUGCUAAUGUGUCAACACACAAUAAUCUCAAUUUCAAUCAUCAACGCUCUCUGUUCAAUCUUCUCAAACAAACUUCUUGAUUCAGCAACCAUUUUUAUUCAACUUCCAUCUUGUUUCACUCUCCCCUCUCAUUGGCCAGUUUUCUCUCAAGCCCCAACACUCUGUAUAUUAUAAGAGUAAUAACUUCCAUAUUACUUAUCUCCCAUAUAUUCAUAUCUGUGACAGUAUGUAAUACUUUUGUCUAGCGCACCUGUCAUAUUAUUCAGGACUGUCAUCUCGUCCACCAGCUACGAUUCACAUUGUUGAUUUGCUCUUUUGGCAAACGCUCUUGUUUAACACUCUUAUUGUGGUGUCAUUGCCAUGAUUACAACGGUAAAUACCUUUGUAUAUAGUCGUACCUAUGGUCCAACGUACUCCACAUUUAGUAUUCGAAUGCCCCUUGAAGCAAUGAAAGAUGGCAUUGUUAUUGGUAUUGUGCAAUGUUAUUGUUGUGUCUUGUCUAAAAGGAAUGGUUACUGCUGAAAAUUUAAAAAAAAUAAUAAUAAUAAAGACA